CGCUGAUGUUCUCUUUUUCUCCAAACCUCGCAAAGAUCGACGAUAAUCCUGUGAAAUUUCGUCAUUUUUUGUUUCACAUUUAUUGUUUAGUUUUUUUCUGAUUGUUUCACGCAUGAAACCGUAUAGAGACGAAAAUUCGUAAAAAAUAUUGUAAACAAACUGGUAAGUUGGCAUUAAUAAUUCUUCGAGUAAGCGAGAUUCGUCGCGACUGGGUUAACGUUAGAUGCACACAUGGCAUCGAGCCAUGGAUGAUACUGGUAUUGCAAGCGAGAAAUCUGCUGAAUUUGGAGAUGGAAUCGGUGAUCCUGAGUUAGAAGCUAGACUUUACGCUGAGAUUUAUUUUUCCAAUGAAACUUACGAAGGAGAUCAAGGGGCAGAACAAACGGUUUCCGAAAGUCUAAGUGCCAGUGAGAACGUGACACCAUCGUUGUCAAAAGAAACGUCAGAUACACCUGCUGACAACCUUAACACUAAUACCGUACCUAUAAAAACAAACACCGGACAAGGAAAUUUUGGGACUAAAAAUACCAGGAUUGUGGAUGUACACCCUUGUAACAAGAAGAAUAAUACAUUGAACAACACAUCAAAAACUUUUCCAAAGCCUCAAAGACUUCUCGCUCGCAAAGACCUUUGGUUGCCACAAGAAAAAACAGCCAAUGGAAUUGAAGAGUUGUCUAAUUCAGAAAAUACAUCGUUGAAAAAUUUGGCAGCUAAACCUGGAAGGGCUGCAAAAAGAAAAAAUAGAAUUAAAAACCCCGCAGAGUUUUAUGUGAGUCAGGCAACAGAAAAACGUCUUGAGUCACAAAAAGAAAAAGCAAACAAUAAGGAAACAGCCAAAAACCAAGUACCGGCAGAGGCUUCUUCUGGUACAAAGAAGCCGAAAACAUGCAAAGACUUGCUGAAUGAUUCGAGUUUAAAUACGGAAACAAGUAAAUACAGCAUUAUCUCGAAAAAAAUGAAGCUAAGUUUGAAAGAAGCUCAAUGUGAAACAUUGAGCAUAAGCUCUGACUCAGAUGAUUCAAUAUUGGAAGUACCGAUUCCACCCAAAGCUCAACCGCCUUUGAUUGAAUUGCCAGACUCGGACGAAGAUUGCGACUUGAAUGAAAGCAAGGAAAAAAACCGUUCGCGAUCUGGCAAACUGGAUAUUAUCAAAGCAGCUAAGAAGGUUAGACCCGGAGAAAAGGUUACUUGUGAAUACGAUGAACCAUCGACUUCCUACAAAGACACUAAUUGCACUAAUGAGAGUCCCGGAGAGUCACAGAACAUUGAAAUACUUGAAGGAAACAACAGCGAUACCAUUUGCGACAUCGACACUAAUUUGAUUCUCAAUUGUUCGGACCCUCGAAGAGAUUUUAUGAGUUUGGAGGAUGAUGGAUUAGAAAGAAGAGAAAACUUUGAUGUCAGCGGUUCAACUGAAAAGGACACAAACCGUGAGCGGUCUCUAUCAGGUGGACGAGCUGGCACCACAAGAGAUUCAGCAACGUUUUCUGGAGUUUAUUCUUUCGAUAAGGAUUUACCUCAGAAUCAAGAGCCUCUAGAUAACUCUAGUGGCACUAACACUGCAGAUAGAACGACUGACUGUCGACAAAGCGAUUCCAACAAUUCAUUUAUUGAAAAUAGCGAAAUGCGAAAUGAAAAAUCCAGAAGAAAACGACAAAAAGACGCUGAGUCGAGAUCGCUAAAGGAAGGUAAUACAUCAGAGACACCAGAAAAAAGAAGAAAACGAAAUACGAAUUGCUCUAGUGGAAGCAAUUCACUGACAGAUUAUUUCUUCAAACCGAUGACUAAAGAAAUGCAGGCUUUCUACGACAGUCCUUGUGGCAGCGAAAACAUGAACGUGGCUGUAAUGCAAAGUAAAAUGCCAAAACAUCCAAACAAUUGGAAGAUAUUGAACGAGGAUCUGAUACCUCGAGGAAAAAAACGUCGACUAUGCCUCCGUUGCAGAAAUGAAAACCAUCAUGGUAACAGGUGCCCAGAGCAACCGACAACGCCAAGCUGUAGUAUGUGCGGAGUGAAGGGCCAUACAGCAACGCGAUGUCCUAAAACAAUGUGUCUUACGUGUGGUCGUAAAUACACGUCGUAUCGGCAGACUUGCUGUCAUUGCUCAAAACUGGCCUGUGACAUGUGCCACGGAGUGGGGCAUACUCGUCAAAAUUGUCCUGAUUUAUGGAGAAGAUUUCACAACAUUACAACUGAAACACUGCCUGCGCCCAGGAGCAUAUCAAACACUAUGAAGGAUCCACAGCAUCUAAGUUGCUGUAAUUGCUCAAAGCGCGGUCACGACUCAACGAUGUGCAACCAGUUGCGAUGGUCGCAACAUUUCCCAACACCGAUGUUCGUCUCCAGCUACACCGAAGGUCCUUUUUAUCCAGAAUUUCAACCUGAUCAAGAUGAAAACUUGAGUGGAAACAUUGACGUUGUUAGUGUUCCGGACAACUCCACUCCUAUCAUUCAAUCUACGGAUGAGAGAUCCGAAACACGUUUACUGUUUCAAUGUGGCAAUCUUGAUACGACGGUAUCAUCUACCUUCACCUUAGUAUCAAAACGUUUGGAUACAUUGCCGAACGUUCAUCUGGAUGGAUUAAUAAGCGGGAGCUUAACACCUACGUUUAUAUUCAAAUGGCUAAACCAUUUUACAUUCAACGUAAAAAUAACUCAAAAUUCCGAAGAAGGCACUCGCCUAGUUGUUCAAGCGGCUUCUCAUGAUCUUCUUCACGGCGUGGAGAAAAUUUUGAUGCAAUGGUUAACUCGUACCGACCUCGAAAAACCGUAUUUGGAAUACGAUUACUUAUCAUACACCAAUUUCAAAAGUUCACGUGUUAGACUGAAGAACAAGCUGAACGAAUUAGAAUCUGCUAAAGACCCAAAAAAAUUUUUGACGGUUGUCGUCAAACUGGCAAAAGAGCUUCAUAGCAAAAGUCUUAACGUUAUUCAAAAUUCUAAUUUAUCGUCAUCAACAAUGAACUUAUCGCCAGCGGGGAACACAUACAAACUUCAAUGUCUUUUCGAUAGGUUGAUGGAGACUCGAAGUCGACUAGUUAUGUCACUCUACGGUCGAUUUUGGGUCGAAGGAGGCGAAGUGACUGUUCGUAAUUUUCAGAAACUGGUUCAACAAGUAGCCAAUUCUAAGAGUUACAGUAUUCGCCAAUACAUGGAAGCUGUAUAUCUCUACAACGAAAUGUUCACGUAUCAUGAUUCUGAAGUUCUAACACGAGCUUUGAAAGCCGCAACAUCAACAGCAGAUCCAAUGGACCAUCACGUUCCACCGCUCCCUCAAGAUUUCUCUACGACGAAUGCUUCACAAUCGUCUCCAAUAAUUUUGGACAAUGCGGGUGAAAGUAUCAUCGGCAACAAUAAUUCUGCAGGUCCGUGGCCGGUUGAUACAGCUCAUCAAACUGACGGUUGCGCUUCAGAUGGCUCCCGAAUGUUUACUGCAACUGAUUCAUUAGGAGCGCUUGAACUGUCAAACACGUUAGUAUCGAACUUUGUCAAACAAACGAAAAUGCGAAAACGAAAUCACAAGAAAAAUCCCAAAAGUGAAUUGCUCACUAGAUUAAAAAAAAGUCAGAGAAAAAUAUUUCGACGUUUAGCAAAACUCGCAAUGGGUAAAGCUGAUAAUUCACAAUUACCACAUCUGCACACUAUGGCGAAUGCUCUCCGAGCUAAAAUAGAUAAUAAUUCCAUUCGAACUGAUGACAUAACAUCGCUCCAACACGCUAUUAAACGGGCGAAGCACCGAAAACAACUGCCUAAGAAACUCAGUAGGCAAAAAAAAAAGAGAGGCGAACGCUAGGUAGAUUCAUGCCAAUUUUCUCUGGAGUUCGUGAAAAAUGUUUAAUAAAGUAUGUUAAAAAUUUUCUUUAUCAA